GCCCAAGCUGAACAAAACCGCCUGAAGGGACUUUUGGAGAAAUUGGAGCAGGAGAAAUCCACCCUGCAGAAAGAGUACAAAGAGGUGUCCAAGAAAGUGGAGGCGGCCGACCAAAUCAUGAAGACAAGCGGAGCCAACAUGGCGGAGAUGCAGAAGAAGCUGUCGGCAGUGGAGACUGAGAAGGACAAUUUGUCCUCUCAACUGGAUGGCAAGACAAACCAGUUGCAAGCCGCUGAGGCAGAGAGCAAGAAGCUGAGGAACGACCUGUCUCUGCGAGACCAAGCGAACGAGGCGCUGAGGGCCCAGAUGAUGGACAAGGACUUGGAGAGGGAGACGGCUAAGGCUGAGGCGGAGCAGUUGUCGAAGAAACUUCUGCAAGCUGAGAACCAGCUCUUGGAUAUCCAGAAACAGAAAGACAAAACCUCUGAUGAGGUCAAACGAAUAACUGGAGAUAUGAACAAUCUGAGAGAUGAGAACAAGUAAGAGCUG